AUGAAUCUGCUCAUGUGUCUGGUGUCCCUGUGCUGGGGUUUAGCAGUCAGCGUUUCACUGGGGGACUUUGAACUGGACAGACACUGGAAGCUAUGGAAGAACUGGCACCAGAAGAGCUACCAUGAGGCGGAGGAGGCUUGGAGAAGAACUGUGUGGGAGGAGAACUUGAAGGCGAUCGAACUGCACAACCUGGAGCAGAGCCUGGGGCUCCAUACCUACCGGCUGGGAAUGAACCAGUUUGGAGACCUGACCAACAAAGAGUUUCAAGAAAUUCUGACUGGUGAAAGACACUUCUCCAAGGGAAACAGGAUCAACGGUUCGGCGUUCCUGGAAGCCAACUUUGUCCAGGUCCCCACAUCUGUGGAUUGGCGGGAUCACGGAUACGUGACUCCUGUGAAGAACCAGGGUCACUGUGGUUCCUGUUGGGCCUUUAGCACCACCGGUGCCCUAGAGGGUCAACUUUUCCGGAAAUUGGGCCGGCUGAUCUCACUGAGCGAACAGAACCUGGUGGACUGCUCUUGGCAGCAAGGGAACCAUGGCUGCCAUGGAGGGUUUGUGGAUUUUGCCUUCCAAUACAUCUUGGAAAACCAGGGCAUUGAUUCGGAGGACUGCUACCCCUACACAGCCAAGGACACCGCCCAGUGCUCCUUCAAGCCCGAGUGUGCCACGGCUCGUGUGACUGGCUUUGUGGACAUCCCUCCCCAAAGCGAGGAGGCCCUCAUGAAGGCCGUGGCCACCAUAGGGCCGGUCUCCGUGGGCAUCGAUGCCAGCUCCACCUCCUUCCGUUUCUAUCAAUCAGGAAUUUUUUACGACCCCGAGUGCAGCAGUGAGAGCCUGGACCACGCGGUCCUGGUGGUGGGUUAUGGCUACGAGGGAGAGGACGAGGCUGCAAAGAAGUAUUGGAUUGUGAAGAACAGUUGGGGCGAGCACUGGGGAGACCAUGGCUAUGUUUACAUGUCUAAGGACCGGGGCAACCACUGUGGCAUCGCUAAUGUUGCCAGCUACCCGCUGCUGUGA